UACAGGAAUAUAAAUAGUCUCUAGAAAGGACACGGGCAACUUCAAGGCAAAAUGAAGUUCUUUCUGUUGCUCUUAUCCAUCGGGUUGUGCUGGGCUCAGUAUUCCCCAAAUACACAACAAGGACGGACAUCUAUUGUUCAUCUGUUUGAAUGGCGAUGGGUUGAUAUUGCUCUUGAAUGUGAGCGAUACUUAGCUCCCAAUGGAUUUGGAGGGGUUCAGGUCUCUCCACCAAAUGAAAAUCUUGUAGUUCACAACCCUUCAAGACCUUGGUGGGAAAGAUACCAACCAAUUAGCUAUAAAUUAUGCACAAGAUCUGGAAAUGAAGAUGAAUUUAGAAACAUGGUGACUAGAUGUAACAAUGUUGGGGUUCGUAUUUAUGUGGAUGCUGUAAUUAAUCAUAUGUGUGGUAAUGGUGCCGGUGCAGGAACAAGCAGUACUUGUGGAAGUUACUUCAACACUGGAAAUAGGGAGUUUCCAGCAGUCCCAUAUUCUGGAUGGGAUUUUAAUGAUGGUAAAUGUAAAACUGGAAGUGGAGAUAUUGAGCUCUAUAAUGAUGCUUCUCAGGUCAGAGAUUGUCGUCUGGUUGGUCUUCUGGAUCUUGCACUGGAGAAAGAUUAUGUGCGUUCCAAGAUUGCCGAAUAUAUGAACCAUCUCAUUGACAUUGGUGUUGCUGGCUUCAGACUUGAUGCUUCCAAGCACAUGUGGCCUGGAGACAUAAAGGCAGUUUUGGAUAAACUGCAUAAUCUAAACACUAACUGGUUCCCUGAAGGAAGUAAACCUUUCAUUUACCAGGAGGUAAUUGAUCUGGGUGGUGAGCCAAUUACAAGCAGCCAGUACUUUGGAAAUGGCCGGGUGACAGAAUUCAAGUAUGGUGCAAAACUCGGCACAGUGAUUCGCAAGUGGGAUGGAGAGAAGAUGUGUUACUUAAAGAACUGGGGAGAAGGUUGGGGUUUCAUGCCUUCUGACAGAGCACUUGUCUUUGUGGAUAACCAUGACAAUCAACGAGGACAUGGGGCUGGAGGAGCUUCCAUUCUUACCUUCUGGGACGCUAGGCUGUAUAAAAUGGCAGUUGGAUUUAUGCUUGCUCAUCCUUAUGGAUUUACACGAGUGAUGUCAAGCUACCGUUGGGCAAGACAUUUUGAAAAUGGAAAAGAUGUUAAUGAUUGGAUUGGGCCACCAAAUAAUAAUGGAGUAAUUAAAGAAGUUACUAUUAAUCCAGACACUACCUGUGGCAAUGACUGGGUCUGUGAACAUAGGUGGCGCCAAAUAAGGAACAUGGUUCUCUUCCGCAAUGUAGUGGAUGGCCAGCCUUUCACAAACUGGUGGGAUAAUGGCAGCAACCAAGUGGCUUUUGGGAGAGGAAACAGAGGAUUCAUUGUUUUCAACAAUGAUGACUGGUCACUUUCUUUAACUUUGCAAACUGGUCUUCCUGCUGGCACAUACUGUGAUGUCAUUUCUGGAGAUAAAAUUAAUGACAAUUGUACAGGCAUUAAAAUCUACUAUUUCUGAUGAUGGCAAGGCUCAUUUUUCUAUUAGUAACUCUGCUGAAGAUCCAUUUAUUGCAAUUCAUGUUGAAUCUAAAUUAUAAAACUUAAAUUAAAAGUAUAUAUGCAAAACA